AUGUCAGGAAUGGAAUCAGGAAGUGGUAGUAUCAUGUAUCCUGAUGGGACUGCAUUUGUGGUUCAGGAGGCUGCCAAGAUUUGUGGUAGCCAUGUUUUUGGGUCUGUUCAAGGUGGGGAAGAACGGGUUCGACCCCUGCAGCGUGGGUAUGAUGUGCAAUCAAAUGCAUGCGGUGGAUUGACCAGUCCAGUUCUCUUGCAAAUUAUAAUAACUAACUCAUCAAAAUGA